AUGAAUUUUGGCAAUAACCCGCAAAUAAACAAGAAACCAUCGUACGUUUCUAAUUUUAUGCAAAAAUGUCAUUUUCAUGAAUUCCAGAUGGAUUACCGACCGAAUGGAGAAGGAUAUCGUCGUGAGCAACAUAGAAUCGCUCGUCCGAAUUCUGCAGAGCAUAGUCGAGAAAGCAGGCAGUGCACAUGAAGGUGUUCAGCUGGAUGCCGAUCUCCAGGGAAUGAUGGACGACGUCAUUUCGAUGACGAUGGAGUUCCACGCAGAAGUCGUCGCGAGAACGAACCGAUUCUUGCGAAAGAGUCGCGGAAAAUCGGAUGAGGACGGAUUUGCGGGAGGAAAACGGGUCAAGAUCGAGGUUAUCAAUCUCGAAUCGUCUCCAGAACCUUCUCUUCCGAUUGUGAAGCCGGCUGAGCCCUCGACGUCUUCUGCUCCUGUAAAUACGAGAAAAAACGUGAAAAAUGAGCCGGAUGAGCCGCAACCAGUACAAACGAUGACUAAUUCUUGUAAAGUAAGUAUAAUGCCAAUAAUAAAGUUGUAAUCAAUCUCAUUGCUUUCCAAAUUUUCACGUUUAUCGAUUUCAGCCACUAACUACACCCGCUCCGCAACUUGUUCCCUCAAUUGUCGAUCAACUUUUACCGCAAACUUGGAAUCCAUCUUGCAAUCGUCCUUCCACUUCUACGAGACCAGUGUCCGAUGCUCAGAAUCCUCAGAUUCAGUCUCCGAAUAACUCUCAGGAUCGUUUUAUUCUGUUGAGCUUCGGAGGCCUAAAAACUCGCAGUCCUGCACGUGUUCUCAGUCUCAUUGGGUUAGACCUGAAACGUUUUGCUUCUGAGAGAAAAACAUUGCUUUUUUCAGAAUCCCGACGACAUCCGCCGACGUAACGAUCGUCAAAAUAGGCAAACAGACGUUCUGGACGCGCGAUCCCGACCGUGUCGUUUUCGAAAUCGACCAGCAGAGAACGACGGCGCUUCUGGAGAUGUGCGACGGAAAUCAGUGCAAUCUGAAAAAUUUUAGUAACGAUCCGCAUCUGAAGGUGAGCGAUAAAACGUGGCCGCAAACGUUUUCACAAUAGAGCGCGUUUGCAUCAUUUUUGAGUCUUUAAUGGGUAAGGUUCCGCAUAAGAGUCAUUCUAGUGGUCCCCAAUAGAGAAACGCAAAAUGAUGAACCCAACUCAACAAACUCAUUUCUCAAAAAUAGUCAAAGUCAAAAAAACUCAUACAACUCAACAACUCAUUUGAAGUGGGAGUCAAAAAAAAAACGAACACAACUCAACAACUCAUUGGGCGUCGGUAGUGGCACAUUUCGAGUUUGACGUGAACUCUGUUCGAAAACAAAUAGUAGCGUUGGAAGUUCCACUAAAUCAAACUUCAUGAGCUUUUUUGACUCCCACGUAAAAAAUGAGUUUACUGACGCUUUUCGACUCCUACAAGAAACUCAUUCCAAACAUUAUGAGCCUUUUUGACUCUCACGUUAACAUCCAAAUGAGUUUAUUGAGUUGUUUUGAGUUUCCCUCAAAACUUGGUGCAGCGUCGGUCAAAAAUGUUUCAUGCGGAACCUUAGUAAUGGGGCUAUUCAGCGUAUGUUUGUUUUCCGUUUUUUUCCAUCGCUGAAUUGGAUUUUUUGACGUAAAAAAAAACAAAAAAAAAAUCAAUUUUUUCACAGCCUGAAUAACCCCAUUAGCGCAGAAGUUUGCUAAAUAAUUUCAAACUAGAAAUUCAGGGCAUGAUGCUGGCGGUGUACAAUCAGAAAGCCUCGAAGAAGGAGGUGAUGUUCUACGUGGCACAUCAUCUCGCUCAGAUGAAUCCCCGCUCCACCGUCGACGCGUUCAAGGACGUGGUGACGAUCGUCACUGGAAGUGUCGAAAAAAAAAUAAACUUUAUGGAUGUUAUCGAUACUCGAAAGGAUAUUUACGCGAAAGUGUGUGGAAAACUGACGACGAAAGGGAAAAUGCUACUCGAUAAAUUGGAGAAGAAUUUGAAGAAUAAACGACACAAACAAUGA